GAAGAUAAAGGAGGUUGGUUAGUCGAUUUUUAGGAGGUUGGUUAGUCGCUUAGAAAAAUAAACAGGAGUAUUGAAAUAUUUCAAUCAAGAACUGAUAAAUGCUAUAAGGAAAAUGAAGAUUUUAUAAUGUUGUUUUUAAAAUUUGUGAAGUUUUACAUCCCAAAAAAACUCUAUGGAGCUUGUAAAUUGGGGGAAGAUUUUAAUCCGUCAUCUAGUAACUACCAAAUAUUAGCAUUUCAUUAAGAAUUGCAAAAUUUAAUGAAACGUGACAUGAAAGCACUUUUAAAAGUAAAUGGGACUAAUAGAAGAACAAAUUGUGGAACGUGUAACAUGAAUUUUAUUAAAUUAAAGCCGGAGACAAAUUUAGCGCUUAUGAUGUGUCUUGUGUUUUUUAUAUAUAUAUGCUUGGGUGGUGCACUAUUUCUCUUAUUGGAAGGUCAAUCGGAUUCAAAACUUACUCAAACAGCUUUUGAAAAAUUGAUAAAGCGUCUUAACUUUUCUUACAAUGACUACCAUUUACAAAUAAUUAAAGAUUACUGCGACGAAACUAAUGUUAUUGAAAGGAGGAAGUUACCAGAACACGAGAACCUUUGGAACUUUUUUGAGUCGACUGAUUUCACCUAUCAGAUAGUUACAGCGCAAGGGACCGGACAAACUUCUCGUAUUCUUUACACAAAAGGAGGAAAAGUAGCAUACAUUUUUGUUGUUUUACUGGGUGUUCCAUUAGCUGCAUUGACUCUCCGAGCAACUGGACAGCGCUUAAACAUGGUUGUAUAUUCAACAAUACGUUUUUUUAACGUAAGGUUAUUUCAUCGUCAGCUGACACCUAACAUUCACAUAAAAGCCUUAGUUUUAAACGUGACAUUGCUUUUUAUGACUAUUGGUAUUGGUACCAUUAUGUACGUGUCAACACAAAAUUGGACAAUUAUUGAUAGCUGGUAUUAUACCGUUAGUAUAAUAUUUACUAUUAGUAACAGUCAUGAAAAAAUUAUAAACAAUAACAUAAAAAUCAAUUCUAACAAGGAUAAACUUUUCAGAGCUUUAUUUAACACUUACAGCUUUGCAGCGUUUACAGUUGUUUCAAGCCUUGCGUGGAGUGCUCAUUUAUUUACAAGACAUAUGAGGUUUAAAGCGCAAAAUCAAACUCUUGCAAAAAAUGGUGACAAUCGUGUUCACUGCCCUUGGGUUGAAGUUACCCACGGUCAACCACUAUCUCCGUGUAAAAGUAGCAAAGAAAAAGACACUGAUCGAGAAUCAGUGUGUUAGGCAUAUAGAAUUAUAAAAUACAACCAUUAUAGUUUUUUUAAAUAUUAUGUAGGAUUUUAAAUUUAUUAUUUCAAACAUUGAGUUUGUAUCAGAGGAUUAUUAGCGGGAUGUGAACUGGGAUAAUUGAUUCCUAGCACUUCUGGUUAAUCCAAUGAUAAUAAAUUAA